AAUAUCCUGGCCGGCCCCAGAAAAUGUUUCUACGUAAUAGCGUUUGGUAUUACCUGUGUAGUAGAGGUUGUAGAGGUUAAGUGAGGUUUGUUAUAUUCUGUUUAGCAGUGUUUGCCCUAAUAGUAUCGAAAUUUCAAUUUAGAAAUGCUAAUUAAAGUGAAGACUUUGACAGGGAAGGAGAUAGAGAUUGAUAUCGAGCCAACAGACAAAGUGGAACGCAUCAAAGAAAGAGUUGAAGAAAAGGAGGGCAUUCCUCCCCAGCAGCAACGCCUAAUAUUUUCUGGAAAACAAAUGAAUGAUGAGAAGACUGCUCAAGACUAUAAAGUGCAAGGUGGUUCAGUGCUACAUUUAGUGUUAGCACUGAGAGGUGGAAGUGAAACUGUAUUUCAACUUAAAACAUUCUGUAUGCUUUAUGUUAACAAUUAUUAUAAAAUGUAACUUUGACAAGGAUCGUUACAGUACAUCCCAUUAUAUUCUGUGCAUUAUUAUCUCAGACAUAGUAGCGAUGUCAUGUAAUUGUUUACUAAUGCACUAAUUACAUAUAUAUUUAUUGCCCAUGCAGUUAAUAUAUAAAGGUUUUAAUCUUUCAUGUUUUGUUCAGUUUCCAGAUUCACACACUUCUCCCCCCACAAACCAAUUAAAUACAUAAAACAUAUAUAAAUUUUGUAUUGUUUGUAUUUUCAUGCUGUUAUCUGUAGCUACAUAGCCAGUGUAUGUAAUUCACAAUUAUUUGAACCUUGGUUGGCUGUGGUGUGUGAUAUGUCACAUGGUCAAUACUUCAUGUGACUCAAAAGAUUGUGGCAGUAGGCUUACUAAAUAUAUUAUGCAAAGAUUCAUUCGAUAUCCUGAUAUCAGCAUCGUAGACUUAGUGAACAUUUUUAUAAUUGUUGAUGUUGUCUUUAGAUGUUACUGUGAAAGGUGUUCAAAUAGUUCAAGAAGUCACAAAUACAGCUGGUACUAGAAUCAGCAACUGGUCUAUGGGACUCAUUGAUGAAUAUGUCAACGUGAUGGAAUUAGCAGCAGGCUUAUAGGCUGCUCCACUGAGUGCUGCUUACUCAAAGUCCUCCAGUGACAGUAUCAACAUUUCUUCACAAAACUGUCCAUUAAAGCAGUAGAAAAUUUAUGGCCAGGGCAUGACAAAAAUAUCUGUUUAUAAUGUCUCCCUUCCAAUCGACAACUGGUCAUUCCCAUUAUCUCCUCCCCAUCAGUGUCGCUUCCACAUGUGGAUGGGAAUGACCAGUUCGAAAUGGGAGGGAAAUGUGAUGUCCUUCAAGGGCCAGUUCUGUGAAUAAAUGCAUAAUGGCCAUGGGCUUAACGGCAGUCACAGGAGUAUUUUGAGGACUCUGAGAAAGCAGUGCUUAGUGGAGUAGCCUGUAAGCCUGCUGCUGAUUCCAGUAUGUUGACAUGUUCAUCUUUCAUUCCAUUUCUCAGACUGCCUGAAUAGCAUUCACAACAACAUCCGAAUCAUUGAGAGUGAGCAAGAUGAUGACCACCCCUCCUGAUUGUCAAUUUUAGAAGACCGAGUGAAUCCUUUGUUGACAUUUUUUCAAGAAGGCUACACAUUGAAAUUUUUUCAGCAUCCGUGAAAAAGCAGCAGAUUAUUUAAGUCAGAACAGGUAGCACUGGAUAUAAUCCAAAAGGAAAUGGAAUGUAAUAAUGAACCCACAUGUCAUGAUAAAUACUGUAAAUGAAGUAUAAGUUAUAAAUGCAAGAAGCGUAAGUUUUGAUUAUGCCUGCAGUGCAUGGAAUAGUUUCAUUUGAGGCAUGAAACAUUUGAGAUUCUCAUGGCAGUUAUGAUUCUGAUGGUGGUCUUAUGUGUUGUAAGUGUGUGGAAUCGUACAGGUCAGCCAAUGGAUGAUUGCUGAUUGGGGCUAUUUAUGUCUGCUAGUAUCUGCCAGGGAGAACCAAUACUGGAGGAAGUUAUCUGAAGUAUAGUCAGAAAAUAUAGAAACAUCAGAAUAUGGAAUGAAAACAUUUACGUGUGAAUAAUAUUACUUAUACUCGAGCAUCAUGUGGAAACAUCAUCACGAGUGAUAUAAGUUAUUGUUUUUGAAGUUUCUGAAUAACAAAUACACAACAUAUUUUAUGCCUCUUUGUCUGUAGUAGCAUAAGUUUCUUAUCACCACAGCUGUACUAGGUUGCAAGACACUCAAGACAACCUCUGAGCUUCCCUUUUCUCCCAUUAUUAAACAGAAAUUUGGCCAACUAUAGGUGGAUACUGCCUACAUACAGGACGACUGAGACAGUGUGCUCCUCUGUAAUACUAAAACUCAUCUAGGAUUUUACGGAGCAUCAAUGGCCAGAAGACUGUCAUCAGUAUGAGAUAUUUUUAAACACCUACUACACUGUGAAACAUUUGUUAGGUAAAUGUAAGCUAUAAGCCGUUUCUCAAUAAACUUACGAAACUGUAGAACCAA